GAUCGACAGGUGCGGCGGCGAGCCGGAAGGAGGGCGAGCGCGGAGCCGUUGGUGGCGUGGGGCUGCGUGGAGGGGGCGGCUGCGCGCCCGGGGCCAUGGCCCUGAGCAGGAGGGAAGUGUUCAUAGGGAAAGUACUGAAACGACUCUUUGCUGAAACCUCAUCUUCUGUUGUGCGUACUUUGAAUGGAGAAGAGAAGACGGUUCUUGGAAACCUGGGCUCGAAAUCCAAAGAGAAGGAUUCAGAAAAUGUUCAGACUUCGUCAGUGGAUGCUGGUACAUCAGGUGAUACACACUGCCAAUCACUUCAAGGUAGUGACAAUACAAUUCUGCCUCCAAGGAGAAUGUACACAGUGAAUCUUCCUCCUGAGGGUUAUGUUGCAGUUGCUCCAGAUACUGAUAGUGUCUCAGUUUCUGAAAACUCAGGAAGUAGUGCUGACUCAACAGAGGAGGAAUAUCAAGGACAAACCAAGAGAAAGCGCAAUCGAAGGAAGAAACAGAAGAACAAUUUGCAAAACCAUAAUAAAUUACAUGGAGGAAAAAGAGAAUCUGGAAUUCAAGAGACUCUUUUGCAAGAUAAUUUACCGCUGCAGCUGAUAGACAGCCCCAAAAUAAGCAAAAACAAAAAGAGGAAAAUGAAAAAAAAGCGACAAAAAGAAAAAAUGAGAGCAGCUGGCUUGCUAACAAAAACUACUGGUGUGGAUUUUACAUAUCAGCCUGACAAAAACAACAGUGAAGAAGGAGCAGACUUUAAAGACAUAGAUGAAAAAGCAGAUAGUAUUCUGGACUUCUUACAGGCAACACAACAAAUUUAUUUUGCUGACAAUAAAUCAGAAUGCACAGAUCCAGCUAUAAAUUCAGCAACUGUCCAAGAGCUUUUACAAAAUAUUGAAUCUCGCAACGUGGCUUCCUCAGAUGUGACUCUUCUACAUCAGCUGAAAUCCCUUGUGUUGCUACAGGAUAUUGAGAGAUUGAAGAAUGCUUUGCAACAAUUCCAAGAACAUUCCCUGAUGCCUCCUGAUCAUAUCAAGAUCAUCUCUUCUCUGUUUCACUACUGGAUUACAGAUAUCCUUCCUGUGAGGAACAGGAAAUAAACCCUUGCCUGUGUCCAUAUGUGUGGGCUUAAAAUGUAAUAAACAGACUCUUAACCAAGUAGCAAUUGUUCAGGAAGAGCAGUGUCAAUAUACAUUCUACAUAUUCAGGUAAAUGAAUAGUUUUUCAUUGCUAUAAACUCUGGAAGACAAUAAACAGGAUAAAAGUAUAUGUGAUUUUUGUGCUUGGUUGGUCAAGAACAUGCGUAUGCUGUAUGGCCUGAGUCUGUAGUUGGAUCAGUAUGUUUAUUUCCCUUUAGGAUAAAGGCAUUAGCUAGAA